CUUUACCGCUGCAUUUUAGGGAUCAUGUCGUCGGAGAUUUGCUCCUCCGCCCCGCAGUAACCGGAAUCUGUUACCCAUACUGUGACCUGACCUGCUAAUGCGGUAGUCAUCCGUUGCAGCUUCUUGGCGUGCAGUGCCGUAGGUUGCUUCGUUGUUUUCUGGUUUAGUUUGCCUUGGUUAUUGGUAUGCAUUCCACAUGCUAGGGUUUCAGUCAAAUAAUUCCACCCCUGCCUCUAAGGGGUCUGUACCCUGGCCUAGUAGAACAAUAAUGGUUAUGAGACUACGGCUGAUGUUAAAAGUCAGUUACUUCUGGCGUGCAUUGAAAAUGGUUAAUGGAAAUUUUUUCCUCGAACUCAAUGAAAAAGGGAAUAUUGUUCUUUGUUUUCUGGUUUAGUUUGCCUUGGUUAUUCGUAUGCAUUCCACAUGCUAGGGUUUCAGUCAACUAAUUCCACCCUGCCUCUAAGGGGUCUGUACUCAGUACUCCUGACCUAGUAGAACAAUAAUGGUUCUUUGGUGAGCUUAUAUUGGGUUUACAGCAUGUAAAGUAGUAUUAAAGAUUCUUGAUGGGCGAUUGCAGUAUGUAAUUACGACAGACCUGGAUUCCUUUUACUAAGAUUGUUCCAAAGAUUCGCUGCUAGCACUCCGUGUCUAUAUAUUUAUUUACGUCGCUCCACAAAGUUUAGGUGGAAAAUUCAGAAUAACUUACGAGUAUGAAUAUUUAAGCGUUAGGUCGCAUAUACUCUUCUAGGCUGGAGUCUCAAAAUUUAUUCACGUAUGUAUGAUAUUUUUUUUUAAUAUCACCUUAUAGAAGAAAUGACAUAACCAGCAAAUUUGUCUCAAACAAAGGAAUUGGAACGUUAUCCUCACAAACCAAUAUUCAUUGCAGUGACCAUAAUUGUUUUUUGACAGAUAUGGUAGACUGGAACAUGGUCCUUUUGACUAGGUAAUCGAUGAUAUAUACCCGAAGUAACAUUAUAGAUUAGCAGCCUUACAAAAUAGAAGCAUGUGUUUCACCAAUAUAUACCUAGGUGAUGUAAAAUCGAAAUCACUGCGUCACUGGUUGUGUUGGUCUCAUGGAAACUAUGAUUUACCUUUACAUGGUUACUUCCUAGAACAGCCUUAAAUAUGCCCCCAACAUAGCAAAGAAAUUCAGCGCCAAGUGCUCCCAGAAUGAUUUUUGUUACUUUUUAUUACUUGUUUCAUUGAUCUUGGACUCUUGGUACUUGGUUUAACUAUUUGAGUGGUCGUAAUACUUAUAAGACACAAGUUUGUUAACAGUUCAGUAACAAAAUUGUGUAUUACAAGAGUACCAAAAUCCAACUCAGUGAAACAACUAUUGAAACCACUUAAAUAAGUGCUCAAAUAUCAUAACCAGUAUAAGAAGAUGACACCCACGUAUUACCAGAAGCAAAUUCAUGUUUUGUAUUCUAAAACUUGAUAAUUCAAUCUGGAUAUACUUCAGCUUAGUUCCUCAGAACUUUACUGUUUAGAGGACAGCAGGUGGUCAACGAUGUUCAGCACUUUUGUACGGGACACAAAAACUCAAGAUCGAAAUGACAGUUUGGCUGGCCUGAUAUGGUUCCUGAAAUGGUCCGAAGGAGCAUCUUGUGCUUACAGUUUUCUUGGUGAACCAUAAAAAUUUAAACCAAUUACCAGCUUUACAUCUUGCCGAAGCCAAGAAGGUGUUUCUGGAAGAACAAUUCACUUGUCUAGGGAAGGAUGAUGAAUCUAAAUUCAGGAGACCUUCGCUUAUGUUGCCCCAUGUUGGAAAAAUACGAGUACAUUCUUCCUCAGCAUGACUGUGCUUAUGUCGCCAACAUUCUAGUUCCAUUAUCGGCUUGUCAGCCUCCAAGUGUAGUGCAAACAUCAUUUACAUUGAUUUCUGUGGAAACCAUGUUAAGUUUUUUUCUCUCCAGAGAAUAACAUAUUUAGGGGAUGUAAUGUCCUAUGAACUUCUGAAUUUUCAAGGCCGAUCUCAGUAGCAUUUGGACUAUAUGUAGAUACAAAGUCAGAAUGAACACUUUUUUUUGUUGAGAAAACGCAAAGGACCUUUGCAUUUCAUUCCAUUUCAUUGAAAAAGUAGAAGGUUUGUUACAUGUCUCCUAGGAGGAAGAUAUUACAAGAGAUAAGCAAUCAGUGCACAUCCAUUGCCGUUGGAAAAAUUACCCUAAGGCCGGUUGCGCCAGCUCUGAGCCAAUCUUGGCCUCCUCUUUGAUGCGCGAGACCAGGAUGUCGAUUGAUGGGUGCGCGCCUUCAAACACAGUUGUUGUGUUGCUUCCGUAUCAUCAAUGGGGUGAGCAAUGUUGCAGAAACGAGGCCCUUAUGCAUGCUAUUCAUUGCCCUAUUUCUCUUUUUCAUAUUUUUUAAAUACAGUUCAGUUUGAUGGUGAACUUUUACUAGUUUGUUGAACAUCAUCUCCUGUACAUAUGACAUUUUUUCAUAUGAGAAGCUAUUAGAACUUCAAUGCAUGGUUUCCAUGGAUUUUUAAGUUAAUUGAGUGCCUGGUUUGUGCCUUUUGUUAAAGAGAAGUAGAGGCAUAUAUGUCAAUUGAAGUAUCUCUUACCUUUAAAUAGUCUCAGAAUAUGUUUCGCCUGUAGCAUGUGCAUGUGCAUGUGCAUAUGCAUCUUUGUAUCUUACUAUACCGUGUAGCAGGCAAUAAUUUAGAUUAUGACAGGUAGAUGCCUAUAUUAACUUUAAUAGCUUGAAAAUUCAUACAUGUUAGUGUCCUACCUGCAUUAUGGAAAAUAUGAAACUGCGUCCUAAAAAACAAAAAGUGGAAAAGUUACUAAUAGUCUCAAGAUUUCCUGCCUGCACAACCAGCACAAUUUAUUGUGUUCUUAGAAAACGAGUCAACUAUCCAUAUGAAUGAGGAGAAACAAUAUGGUUUGAUUUUCUCAAUUGUUAAAAUUCUCCUAUCUGUAGAAGAGAUAUGUCACCUUUUCUCAAUUGUUAACAUUCUCCUAUCUUUGUAUCUUACUAUACCGUGUAGCAGGCAAUAAUUUAGAUUAUGACAGGUAGAUGCCUAUAUUAACUUGAAUAGCUUGAAAAUUCAUACAUGUUAGUGUCUUACCUGGAUUGUGGAAAAUAUUAAAAUACGUCCUAAAAAUAAAAAGUCGAAAAGUUGCUAAUAAUGUGAAAUUUUCCUGCCUGCACAAGCAGCACAAUUUAUUGUGUUCUUAGAAAACGAGUCAACUAUCCAUAUGAAUGAGGAGAAACAAGCUGGUUUGAUUUUCUCAAUUGUUAACAUUCUCCUAUCUGUAGAAGAGAUAUGUCACAUUUGCCACAGCACUUAGUGAAAAAAGAGGGUCCACCAGGACAAUAUGGUUAUGUGAUCACACCCACCUAGUAAAGUUAGCCAGGUAAUAGUGCAUAUAAAAAUGGUUUCAUCCAAAAAUGAAAUCGCAAUUUAAGAUGGAUCCCUGAGAGUCUGCUCAUUUUGGCAUAUAUCACAUCUGCCUUUCGACGAGCGUGAGCAGAUAUGGUGGAAGUUUUUUCAUCUUUAUGUAAGAGCUCCUAGGUUGAUUUUUAAGUUGUCACUCUUAACUGAAUUCUCUGGUAAGGGCAAAGGUGCCCGCCAAGGGUCUGCUAAGCCAGUUGUGUGCUCCUGUUUUCGCCAUAGGGUGACUCAGGGAUGCCCUCGGUUUUUAGUUGGUGGGGCGUUUGUUUCUAUUUUUAGGGCAGAGGCCCUGACGGCAUGUUACUUCACCCAUUGUCGGGUUUCUAGGUGUUGAGUGGUGGCUUCGGGUUUUGUGAUGUAUGAUCUUGACAGAUCCGUGUUGAUUCUAAUAUAAAUAUUUGCCGUAUGCAUCUCUUUGAUGCAGAGGCUGGGGCUCCCCCAUUUCGGAAAAAAAAAAAACUGAAUUCUCUGGUGCAGGAUCCAAUUCUGCAUAAUACAAAUAUAAAAUAUGAUCCUGCCCCAGAUCUUGCUUUACAUAUAAAGCUUUUCUUACUGUCCUGCUUCUUAUAAAUUUCAUCUCCCCUUGCUUCAGAUUUUAUGUAAUUGGUAAUAUGUUUGUUUGGAACAUGCAUUGCAAGGUGCACAUGCAGAAAAACAGUGCAAUGAUUCUUGCAACUUUCGGAGUAGUGAGGCGAUGGUUCUGCCACCUCUUGCUCUGUGAUCAGAUUUUUUCUCUGCGGCUAGUGUUUGCUAUGCAUCUCGUUGUCAUGAUUCGCCAAGAUAAGAACUUUACUGACACUAACCAUUUAAACCAAUACCUGUCGUUUUAGUAUGCUGUUCCAGGUUAAGAUUCUCUUAUCACUAUCCCGUGGAGAUACCAAGAGGUCAUUAUCACUGCUCCAAUUAUGCAUUAUUCCUCUUCCUUUUCAGCAUUUAUCGAAAGUAGUGGAUGGGACCAAACAAACAAAUUAAAUAUACAAUUAUAACCGAGCAACCAUGGUAGUAGCUACUGGAAAGGUUUAACCUUCCUUUUCUGUAUGAAGUGGAAUAAAGGGAGAAUUUCCUGCCCACCAUGCAUCUCCCUUUUUAUCUUCCAGUUUUCCAUUUGGUUUCAGUGUGAAAGCAUGGUGAUGACACUGUUUCUCUUCUUCCUUUUUCGUAGGAUGCCUAUUUCGUCCAUUUGCUGGUUACACCUCACACCCAAUCUUAGCUGUUAGCCUUUCCGGGCAAUGUUUCAGGAUAUGUUAGAUGUGGAGAAAAUGAGCCGAUAGUUGAGCUCCUUUGGUUCAUCAGACGAUGAAUAUACCUAAGUUAUCAAGUCUUAAUGACCUUAAAUCGUUUUUGCAACCGAAAUGCUAGUACCUCUUUUCACAGUCAAACUUAUUUAAUUAUAGGAAGAGUGGAGCUCUAACUAAUUUAACAUCAAUAUUGAUAACCCUAGAUAUGUAUACAUGUAUCUACUAGACUUUUGAAAACACAUUCAUUGUUUUAAUUGGUAUGCUUUUUCUUUCUUUCUUUCUUUCUAUCCAUGUGAUGACACUGUUCCUAUAUUUUUGAUAAGUGACUUUGAAGUCGUCUAAAGUCUUUAUAACAGCCACUUUCAUUCACAAUUCUUUUUAAAAGCUUCUCCAAUCAUUGUCUCAUUCACACCCUCUUUUCUUGUAGUCAAGUUCCUGUUUCUGUUCUUCCAGUACCAAUCAAUCCAAUCAUCCAUGGCAUUCGAGUGUUGUAGUUUUACACUCAUUGAUGAUGACACAUUUCUAUGCUUGAAGAAAAUUCAGCAUGUAUUAGGAAUUGAUUUUCCAGGAUACACCUAUUAUUCCUUGGAAAUUCAUCUGUGUAAUGUAGUAAGCAGCUCCAAUCUUGAACCCAGUCAAACGCUUUAGUUUAGUUUGCCAAGAACCAAUCUUUAGAAAAUUGUUCCAGAGUUUAGUACUCCCAUCUGUUAUUUAAUAAAUUUAAGGGAUUUUUUAUUUCUGUUUAUUACUCACAGGGAAUUUCAGUGGUUGAUGUCACUUUGUAGUUACUGAAGUUUAAUUAUAAAAAUUACACUGAAAUUUCUUCAGAAACUUAUUUGUUGAAAAUACCUUGUAAAGUUAGAAUUCUUAGAUUUGGUGAAUCCGCUCUCCUUGUGUCAAAUGGUCAUCAAUCACUAAUAGAAAAACUUUGAUGGCCAAAUCGUGUAAGAGUGAGAUUGGCGGGUCCCUAUUCGCUGACAUUUAUUUGCACAUACUUCGUUGAUUUCAAUGGUGGGUAUAGCUUUUUCAUCUCUAUGUAUAGGACAGUGUAACUGGAUAUAUGUAUGUAAUUGGGAACAAAUUAUAUCUAGAAAUGUUAUUUAUCUCAUUUCGAGGUUUGCUUAGUCGGGAACAAGUUCUAGGGCACUUUAAUUUCGCACAUUUCUGUUGCGCAGCGUCAUCAUAUUCUGAAAUUCUUUUGCUGUCUAAGGUGUAAACCACAUGAAAGAGAACUCAUAGAUCAACUUGCAGCAUUCGUAGUUUGGUUUUUAUUUCAGCAAUUUUAUGAAAAAGAAAGGUCCUUUGUCUUUUUGUUAUGCUUUACUAACAGGAGGGAAUUAUCAAUUAGAAUAAAGAUUUUGCAUGCUAUAAAUAAUAUUCUGUUUCCCUCUAUAUAUACGCCCUCCUCCAGCUUGCAUGUCUCAUUGCAACCAUCUCAGUUCUCUCUGCCUGCUUGUACUGAUAUCUAAGCAACAAUUAUGGACUACUCAACUUUGCGUCGCCAAAUUACCUUCAUGAAGAAAAGUUUCUUUGAUCAGGGUUACCUUGAUGAACAGUUUAAUCAGCUGGAAGAACUGCAGGAUGAAUCGAGCCCCAAUUUUGUUGAGGAAGUUGUGGCUUUGUUCCUGAAAGAUUCACCGAGAUUGUUGACAAACAUAGAGCAUACAAUUGGAAAGUACCCUCAGGAUUUCCACCGGUUAGAUUCUUUGGUGCACCAGCUCAAAGGUAGCGGAUCCAGCAUUGGUGCAGUCAGGAUGAAGAACGAAUGCUCGGUGUUUAAGGCACACUGCAACGAUAAGAAUCUGGAAGGAUGCCGCAGGUCAUUGCAGAGGAUGAAGAGGGAGCAUGCCACUCUGAAGCAGAAGCUGGAGUCAUAUUUUCAGUUACUGAGGCAAGUCGCCCCCCGCGAACAUGCUGUGAAUUCGAGGAAGUAAGAAGAAUAGCAUAUGGGAUGCAGUUCCAAGGGAAAUAAUGAAUCUUCUAUCUCCCCUUGGAGUAUAAAUUUUGCCGGUGUUAACCUGAGUCCUUUAGGUGUUCAUGGGUGGUGUAUUUUAGUUUUCGCCGUGUGAAGUUUGCUCAUACACCCCCUUUGCCUUGUUAUUGGGAAUGACACGAUGUAAUAUAACUCGAGUAGUUAUGCCCCAAGUAUAGUGAUACUAUUGUAAGUUUUUGCAUACUGGAGGCUCUUCUCAUUGUGUUUGUUCAUUACUACAAAUCGUUGAAGCCUGCUACUGCAAAUCUGCAGUACGACAGUAAUAUAGGGUUGGCUAAUUUGUUCUUGCA